AUGAACAAGUUACAAAUACUUCGUGUGGAUAACGACUUAGUGCAAAAAGUUGAUUUACAAAUAGGUAAUAACAUCAUUGGCCACAAUGUUGAAACUGGAUGUGACGAUGAACGGAUAGUAAAACACGCUGUAACGAUAAACUUAACGCCUGAGAAUGAAAUGACAAUAACACCGCAUCAGGUUUCAUCAUGCUAUAUGAAAUCUAGCGAAUCUCCGCGAUGGCAGCUUCUUAAAUUGGGUAAUACUGUUCCCAUAAAACCUGGAGACGUUUGUUCUUUGGUACCGCAUAAAUGUUGGUUUAAAAUUAUAUCCCUGUCUGACAAAAUGGAAAACAACGAAGAGUGUACAUUAAAACGAAAAGCUAACAAAGAUGUAAAUUCGAAUGUACCUGAUAAAAAGCUCUGUUCAGAAUCAGGAGAAGGAGAUAAUUUACGAUCUUCGAGUGAUGUAUUAAAUAAAAUGUUAAAUAGUAAUAAUAAUGAUAUAACUGAAGAUACAAAUUGUAAAGUAAUACAGGAAUCUCAAAACACAGAUGAAUUGUCUGCAGUGGAGAAUGAUGUUUAUAAAGUUGAAAAUGCAAAUGGAAAAACUUUAAGUUCUAUACAGAAUUCAAAUAUGUCUUCUACAACUGAAAACUCUGAAAAUGUUACAACAGAAGAUGCAUCAAAUGGGUCUACUAGUGCAACGUUGAAUAUUUCAAGGGAAAAAUGCAAAUAUGCAGAGAAAUGCUACAGGAAAAAUCCACAGCACAAAGCUGAAUUUAGUCAUCCUAAGGAUUCUGAUUACGACGCCCCUGAUAACAGAGAAGAGUGUCCUUAUGGUACAGAAUGUUACCGUACGGGUGCUCAGCACAAAAUGCAGUUCAAACAUAAUACCAAUAAACAUGGCAAACGAAGUCGUAAACAAACUCAGGGACGUGUAUCUUUGGAUACGUUAUCUGGAAUGGAAGAUUCAUCUGGAGAGGAAUCUAUGGAUGAAUCUGUGGAUGAAUCUGAAUACGAUCCUUCUAGCGAUGAAUUGUAUUCCGAAUCUGAAGACAAUACAACUGAUUAA